AUGCCCUCUCCACGGAAGAACUCUGUACAGUUGAGUGCCGCUGCCGCUGCUGCUGCUGAGGAAGAGGAAGAAAGCUCGCCGCAAGUCGAUUACGGAGAAGAAUGGGAGGAAAUUGAACGCGAAGAAGAGCAGUCUAGGAUUGGUAAUAGGGCUUCGGGUAUUCAACAACGUAUUGGGAAAGCAUAA